ACGAAAUGUUACUUGAUUGAAUAUUCCAUUCGCGAGUUUCUCAAUAACAAGUGUCAUUGACUGCUUGUUUGAACAUCUAUAAUAGCCGAUAAAAAAAAUCACGUCACUCGUCAGUGUUCUUUCUUUAUUGUUUUUAGGGUUGUUUUAACUUCAAAAUGGAAUGGGACGAUAUUGUUUAUCUAUCUUUGUUAUUUUCCUGCAUAGGAUUCGGUCACUUCUUGAGACAGAUAAAAGAUAAAGAAUGUAGAAAAUGGGUAGCUACUGCUUUUGGAUUUACAAUUGUAUUUAUUGCUUCAGGCCGACACAUAUUACAUCCCUUGUUUACUGUUUUGGUCAACUCACUCAUCAUCUUAUAUGGAAACAAAAGAUCCAUCCAUGUCUACAGUUUUGCAUUCACGUUUACUUAUUUGAUAUUCUUCCGAACCACGGAAUAUUUUGGAAUACCUUAUCCACCGUCUCACACAAAUCUUAUACAAAUGAUUCUUACACUCAAGCUGGUUGGAUUGGCGUUUGAAGUGCAUGACAGUGCAAUUGCUGAAAAGAACAAGGACUCCGACAUUGCAGAUGAUUCUCCUCUCAUAGAGCCGGAGGUUUGUCGUAUUGCGCCUCCUGGGUUCAUGGACAUUUUUCACUACUCGUUUUGCUACAUUGGCGUGCUGACAGGACCAUACUUCAAGUACCGCAUGUACUGGGAUAUGUUUAAUGCUCCAUUUUCUGAACUGGCUCCGUGCAAAGAGGCUACGUUGGAGAGGAUUAUGCCAGUCCCUCUCUGGGCUGUUGCUUUCCUCGUAUCAUCUUACAUCUUUCCUCUUAAGUACGCCAUGACAGACGAGUUCUACAACGAACGCUCGAUGGCUUACAGAGUCUGGUACUUGUAUCCGUCGUUCUUCAACUUCCGCAUGCGUAUGUACAUCGGGAUGCGUCUGUCUGAGUGUGUCUUUACGAUGAGCGGGUUGGGAGCCUAUCCUGCAUUUACACAGCCUAAACCUGGUCAGGGGCCUUCUACUGAGUUUUUCGCCCUAUCCAGAAUGAUGGGCGCAGGAUUGAACAGUUCUCAAGCAAAGACGGAGAAGUACAGCUUUGCUGCUAUUUAUAACAUUGACUCGUGGGGAUCAGACUUCCAGCCAACCAUCAGAUCUUCCAUGAAGUGCUGGAACAUGACCAUUCAGUAUUGGCUGGCCACUUACGUCUACAAGAGAUUCCCCGUGAAGGCUUACAGGAUGCCUGUGACAUUCGUAGUUUCCAGCUUGUGGCAUGGAGUGUACGCUGGUUACUAUCUCUGUCUAUGCUCCGUCCCGUUCUACUUGCCUGCGGAGGACAUGUUUUACAGGGCAUUCAAGAACAACUCCCUCCCCCCAUUGCUCCAUUACCCAUGGGUGUUCUUGCGCUAUUGGUGGAAGAUGCUCCACUUCUCCUAUUGGUCGAUGGCUUUCUCCUUGCUCCGCAUCGACAUCUGUCUCCGUUACUGGAGUUCUAUCUAUUUCCUACCCAACGUCUUGACUUUAGUGAUGUACGCUAUUGGACUGACAGUUCUUAAACCUUCCAGAGCGCCUGUGACUUCAAAGUAAUCAGUGUUUGUUUCAAAAGGUUUAUGUAGUUAAGUCGAGGUAAGUUUUAAGUUUCAUACUAGACAUGAUCACUGAUCAGGGAGUGAAAAUGUAUCUACAUUCUAAUCCAGCUAUAUGGUCAAGUAGUUUUGUAGCUUUUAUUUACUGUGCAAGUCAAAAGGUAUUUUUAAUGUUUAUCUCUAGAUUCAGUCUCAGGUUUUCUCUGUGAUCGUCUCAUUUUCUCAGUUGAGAUUCCUUUCAUUCUUUCCAUAUAGUAUCCUCUAUUUUUGUUUAGUUUAAACACCUCCCUUUUCAAAGUAAUAUUUUAACUUUUAAUUAAUAUAUUUCCUUGUUUAACUUAUUUCAAACCUCUUUAGAUAAAGGAAUCUCCAAUGCAGAAAGAGAUCUAUAUCUAUAUGCCUUAAAAACUAUUUUUUAAGGUCAGAAAUUUAUCUGGACCAAAAGUUUUGCUCUCUAAUUGGAAGACUUGCUAUACCCAAGAGAAACCAAUUUUAUCACUGGUCUAUAAAAAGAUUGAAUAAAUCUUUUAUAAAAAAAUAUUAAAUUCCAUUGAGCAAAUUUAAAGGUAAGAAAUAGUUCUGGUUUUGGGGCAAUCUGUUUAUAUUCAAUAUAAAUAGAUUAACAUACCUAACGUCAUCAAUCCUAAAUAUAGUCUAUGGUGAGUAGUUUAGAAACAUCAGCAGUUUCAUUGAAGUUUCCAAACUAGUCGCCAAAGACUAAUCUUAGGAUUGAUGCUGUAAGGUAUGUUAACCUAUUUAUAUUGUCAAUUAACAAUCCUGGAGGCAAUGAUGAAUAAACUGUUUUUCUUACGUAACUUCAAAACUGAGGGAACAAACUGUCAUUCAAACAAUUCUUUGAAUCCCAUACACCCAUGCCUAUGAUUUUUUAUAAAACACGGGAGAGGAGUUCUUGUUAAUUUGUCAUUUUAGAUGUGCAAAUUGCCAUGGUAGAAGAGUCAUUGUUUCAUAGUAAAAUGUUAGUAGCAUUUAUAAGUCAUAACCAAAGAAAAAAAACCAUAACCUAUGAUUGCCUAGAGCGUGAAAAGAUGAAACGUUUGAAAUAACUUAACCCUCCUCCUUUUGCUAUGUGUAUUUUUAGGGUCAGUUAUGGCUGCCAUUAUUGUUGCGUUAUUAACUCCAAUUAAUGUAGUUAAGUUUACAUUAACAAACAACGCUUUAUUUGCUGAAAGCUUUUUACAAUAAAUUUGUAUGAACCUGUAGUAAUAUGAAUUUAUAUUUUCAUGUCAUGUUUAAGUAAUUAGAUAUACCAUAAAACUAUACAUCAUAACUCUUUUAUAUUCAUACACAUGUUUGCAGAUUUAGUUUUACUGUGUUCUUUUAUUAUUUUAAACUUUAUCAAAUGUUAUUCUUUUAACAAUGUUAUUUAGUUUUAAGGUUGUUAUUGUGUUUAACUGGAACUAUUUGAAACUUUAGUCAUAAUAAUGAUUGAACUUAGGAUUGUGAAAAUAUACUUCUCAUCUUUUUUUAAAAUCUGAAGCCCAUUUAGGGAAGUAGCUAUUACCGUAGGUGGCGCGUUAAGACCUAGGCCCAGGACCGAUUUACUUUUUCGUUUUAAUGUCCCCAGAGGGCAAAAACACCAUUCGUUCAAAUAUUUAUAUAUAUAUUUAUAUACACAUGUGUGUGUCCAUGAAUUUUUAUCCGGUUUUGAUGAAAUUAGGUUUAAAGGUGUAAGGCGAGAUAAACUUUAAUGAUUUUGGGUUUUACGUUUUGUGGGGUAGAAAUUGGUUUUUCUCGUUUUUGACCCUAAAAACACUAAAUUUCCCAAUCUCUCUCUACACCUUUUUAAAAAGCUUGAAAAAAAUUAUUUAGUACCUAUAUCAAGUGUUUUUGUAUGUUUAUUGGUAACAGAGAAAAUUAAAAAAAUUGUAAAUUUAAAAUUCUUAUAUUAUUCUUACGGAGAAUUUGAUAAAAUGUUGUAGUUUGCUUGUUUAUGGAUAUAUUUUUAAUAUUUUAUCAAACUUGGCAAAUUUAUUUAUUUUAUAUUAAGCUAUUAAUACUUUAUUAAAAACACACUCAAUUAUUUCCUUGUGGCAGCAAACCUAGGUACUCGUUAAACGUAAUGCUAUUUAAAUAGAUUUAAUUGAAAAUCAAUUCAGAUAAAUGGAAAUUCGCUUAGUCGGCAGGUUUGCUGCGGCGGGGGUAUUUUUAAGUUAGUGAAAUAACAAUCAAUGAAUAGUUUGUUAUACUCUAGUUAAAUAUCUGGACAGAAAUGUACUUUGAAAUAGUCUUCAGUUGUUCUGAAGUGACAAAAUGUCUAAGGGAGAAUUUCCAACUAAUUUUAGCGAACUUCCCUAUAGCGAACCCUAUUACCUUAGCAUUUGGCAUGGUAAGACCAAGGCCCUGGACCGAUAUAUAUAUGUGUCCGUAAACACGAUAACUUGAGUAAUUUUUGUCCCAUUUUGAUGAAAUUUGGUUUGAAGGUGGAAAGCGGGAUCAACUUGAAUGAGUUCGCGAACCAGCAAUAUCGGACCAUGGGAACGGGGUUUUACGGAAGAUUUUAUGGAGUAAAAAUCAGUUUUUCAAAUUUUUCACCCUCUAUACACAAAAUUUCCCAAUUACUCCUCAGACCUUUUUGAAGAGCUUAAAAAAACAAAUAAAUAAGUAAAUCAAAGUUUUUUUGUACAAUAAUUGGUUACGGAGAAAAUUCAAAAAUUGUUUUUUUUUUAUUCCCAUGUUAUUCUUAUGGAGAAUAUUGUAAAAUGUUGUAGUUUGCUUGUUUAUGGAUAUAUUUUAAUCAAACUUGGUAAUGUUUUGUACUAAGUUAUAAUAAUUUAAUAAAAUACACACAUUUUUAACCUUCCCUGUAGCAGCAAGCCUAUGUACUCAUGUUAAAACCUAAUGUUAAUUAAAUACAUUUAAUUGAAAAUCAAUUCAGACAACUGGAAAUUCGCUUAGUCGGCAGGUUUGCUGCGGCGGGGGUAUUUUAAUGUAAGCUCCUACCAUUCCAUAAAAUAUAUAUUUUUGUAGGCUAAUGAUAUCUUGGUUUUGUAGAUAGAACUAUAGGGGUGUGCGAAGCAGCAAAAAAUUUUCGAUUCGAAGCAACGAUUCGAUUCAAAAGAUUUUCGAUUCGAUUCGAUGCAACUCGAUUCGAAGCAAUACGGUAUUUUUCUAUUCAUAAUUGUCAAUUGAGUGGAUUAACAAUAGUUAAAAUGUAUCACAUUUGUGUAAUACAAAUUUUUGUUGAUGUGGUAUUAGGCCUAUUUCAUACUUUACAUAUGAAUUUUAGGUGAAAAAAUAUUUAUUUUCAAUCAUAUGUAUUAGAAUAACUGCUGGAAAUACCAGUGAGCUGCUUUACUUGCCUAUUUCAUAAUUUUUACUUGAAUUGGCUCAACUGCAAGAAAGAAGAAAAUAUUUUUUUUAUCAAGACAUUCAUUCUCAUUUUAAUAACUGUUUAAAUAACUAAAUAGGUGCCGGUAGCUAAAUUACAACAAAUUUGAAUGGAACUUAAUAUAAAAAGACCAUUAAGAAAUAAAUUUACAUAUCACAAGUUUAGGGCCUGUGGACCGGCUUCAGGACUGCAAGCAAGAAGAAAAUAAAAAUAAUAUGUUUCCACCAUGCAAUAUGUAUCAUUCAUUCCCUGCCUCCUAACCUCCUUAGUAUAAUAACCUCACACUUACAUUAUUUGUUACAUCAUCAUAAAUAAAGAAUUAUUAUUGGCAUCAGUAGGCCUACAGCUUUACAUAGGCAUUAUUUUUAUAGGGCCUAAAAUAGUAAUAGGCUAGAAGCAACAUGUCAAGUGGAGAACUCAUUGAAGAAAAGAUAUUGUGUAAACUAAUUUCCUAUAAAACUCAAAAACAGUAAAUAACAUACAAACAUUGUUUAUGGUAUAAUUAAUAAGGACUAAAAAAUGCAUAUCAUGUCAUACAGUAGUAUAGACCUACUGCAAGAGAUUAAAAUCCUAAAACAACUGAUUUUGAUAGCUAAUGAAUGAAAAGAAUUAAAAAUCCAUAAAAUAAAGCCAAACAAUAUCACAACUAAUUAGGUACCCGAAAAGUAACUCUUAAAUAAUAUAUAGAAGAUUAAAAUAAUAUUAAAUCAAGAGACAAGAAAGUUAAAUGCUAUCUUCUAGCCUAGUGCCCUUGGCAACACAGGUCAAUGUUUUUAAACUACCCUCAAUGUUUUUGGAACAGCAGGGCCUUUUUCUCUUAAGGAAGGGUAGUAGUAUGUCAACAAAAACAAUGAAUCAGUCUCACCAGCCAGGCCCGGGCAACGAUGUGUGAAUUCAAGGUCAUAGACCCUCCCCCUCCCCUCUUACACCACCCGGUUGCUACCCAGUUGCUUCAAUUGCUGACAAAAUGCAAGUGAUGAAACAAGGGAGUAGAGACAAAGAAAUAUAUUUCUUUAUUCAAAAACACAAAACUGUUAGAGAUUAUUUUCAAAGAAAUUAAUUCAAUGUAAUUUGUGAGUUGUAAAUAUUGUAUUGGAUCUUAGAAAUAUAUUUUUUUAACCCCAUCUAACCAAGAUACAGAUCUGUUCACUAUAUCAGAUAUUUCUUUUGUUUAUAAUUUAUUAUGUAAAAUAAUAAAAUAUAUUUUUAAUUAGGUAUUGAAUAAACAAUAAAUGAUUAUACUAGUAUGUCUGGAUAAAUAGUCUUUCUAUUCUUUUGACUUUGUUUUCUUUGCACUGUUAGUGUUGCGUCACGGCUUUUGUCUUGUUACUCUUAUCAGUAGACGACUAGACCUGGCUCUGGCUAGUGGCAGUGCGGCAAUUGCUCUGUUGUGUCUUUAUUCUUAAAGGUCGUGAGCCAACUUAAUUUUUAAUUCUCAUUUGAACAUUUUAAUUCCUCUGUAAUAAUAGAUAUAAUAAUAUAAGAGUGUUUCUUUGGAAAUAAAUUAUUCUUUUUUUUUUUCUUUUGCUCCAACAAAAAUUCGGGG